ACACAGCAAAAGGGCUUGACCAUUUCCCACCAACCCAAAAACAAAUAUCAACAACCUGGCAGAGUACAAUCAAGCAAACGUCCAGUCAAGCUUCGAACACCGCUCGAGCUAGUGACCACAACUGCGCCGAUCGGGUGACCUGGAGUGAACACUCGUCAUCUGAUCAUUAGGAAUUAGGAUGGGCGCCAAUGAAUCUCGACCGGGUGGUGGUGGCCCAAGGCCGGCUGGCGAGAAUUCGACGAACGGAAAUAGUACAAGCGAAGGGUCAACGGAGGAUCUUUACCAAAUCUUGCAAGUUAGUUCAGACGCCUCGGCUGAAGAGAUCAAGAAGGCCUUCAGGAAACAAGCCCUGCUUCAUCAUCCAGACAAGAAUUAUGAUAACGUAGAAAAUGCAACCAAGAUGUUUGCCAAAAUCCAACAAGCCUAUGAGAUCUUGAGCGAUGAAGACGAACGUGCAUUUUAUGAUCGGCAUCGUGAUGAACUGCUCAAUGCGAGGCGACGAUGGUUUGGACGACUUUGACCCCACCCAUCUUAAGCCGAACGCUUCUCGCUCCUCGCUCAAUCCGGGUAUCACUACCAAACAACUCCUCAAGUUUUCCGAUGCAACCCUCUGGAAGGGUGACUUUUCGGACUCAGCUACCUCGUUUUUCACCAUCUACAGGAAUCUUUUCAACCAACUAUCGAUAGAGGAAAAGAUUGCAAGAAAAGACACGAUGAUCGUCUAUCCUUCCUUCGGUAACAGCGCUUCGAGCUACGACCAAGAUAUAGAUGGAACACGGGCCUUGAAACAUUUCUAUUCCGGCUGGAGUAAUUUUGCCACCCAGAAGAGCUUCGAAUGGGUUGAGCCUCAUCGGACUAAUCAACAAGUUGACCGUCGGAUCAAGCGGAUGAUCGAAAAGGAGAAUCAACGUGAACGAGAGAACGCCCGACGAGAAUAUAACGAAACAAUCCGGAGCCUGGUUAGUUUUGUCAAGAAGCGUGACCCGCGCUUUGCCGCCAGUGCAGCUAGCAAUCCGGAAAAAUGGCGAGCCCAGGAGAUCCAACGGAUCAAGCGUGAGCUGCGUGAGGUUGCUGAACGGAGAGCCAAGGAGAGAGAGGAUGAGGCCCGUCAGUUUCGUGAACAAGCCUGGCAACGCCAGAAGGGCGAGAAAACUGAAACCUCCGAUGUCGAGGUUGACCAGGUAGAGUCGACAACAGAAGAGCAACUAGAAGACGACGAGGAGUCCGAAGCCGCCGUCAAUGAUUGGUACUGUGCUGCUUGCAGUAAAGAAUUCAAGAGUCAGGGGGCAUGGGAUAAUCAUGAGCGUAGUAAGAAGCAUCGACAGAACGCACAGAGGCUACGGAAGCAAAUGCUUAAAGAAGAUGCUGAGCUCUCCUUAUCAACAGCCGCCUCCUCCACUCUCCCGUCAAACAGCGUGACGCGAUCACAGACACCGGAUGCUCAGCAAGAGCUCGAAGGAGUAUCCAAGGAGGAAGAGACUCGGAAUGCUCAUCAAGAACCUGAAGGAGUGUCCAAUCUACAAGAGACUCCGGGUGCGCAUCAAGAGUCCGAAGGAGUGUCCAACCAGGAGGAGACCCCGGAAGCUCAUGAAAAACUUGGGGGAGCGCCUAAUCAGGAAGAGACUUCGGGUGCAAAUCGAGAACUCGAAGGAGUUUCCAAUCAGGAAGAGAUUCUGGAUGCUCAUCGAGAGCCCGAAGGAGUGUCCAACCAGGAAGAGACCGCGGAUGCUCGUCAAGAACUUGAAGGAGUUUCUAAUAAGAAAGAGAGUCCGGAUGCCCAUGAAGAACCCGAAAGGGUGGCCAUUGAGGAAGAACCAUCGACGACUGGGAUUCAAGAUAAUCUGGAACACAUCAGCCUUGAUCAGCUAAAAACAUCGACCGAAUGAAACUGUCUUGAGUAGCUAGUGCAAGAAAGUCUACUCGUCGGCUGACGACUUGCUGAGAUGGAAGGGAAGACCAACCGAUUUCAAUCGAAACCUAGCAGAAAACCCGGAUGAAAGCUGUCUUGAGCUUGUUCUCUCUUUCAUGUUCGUUAUGUGUGCUCAAUACCUGUAUUACACCUUUCACUAGAUGACGUGACACUUUUCGAUUGUACUGUACCUUUUGCAUGGGCUGUGGCAGAAAGCUCUUCUCAUCAAACCCAACCCAUCUCUGAGCCUUGUGUUUUCUGCCACCAGUCCCUCCUCAUUAUAUUGUCUGCUUACAUGUCAAUUACAAAUCUGGAACUAAGUUUUUGUCAAUUUUGUUUUAAAUGUACAGACCCAAUAUCAGAUUUGUACAAACAUAGAAGUAUAUUGUGUUGCAUUCCAAUGGAGACUACCUUUUUUGACUUA